CUUGGUCAUGACAAAAGGUGUCGCGUUUUCUGUCAAUGCGCUGAAUGCGACCUCUGGUUAAAGGACUGAAAGGGUCAAUAUCCAAACCAUUAUUGUGUUCUCACGUGUCGACACGCGUGUCUGUGAUAUAUAGACUCAGUUGUAGCGUAUAGACAUAAACCGUUUAUAAUUUCGUGCUGUAACUUAAAGGAUGUCAGCGCUUGUGCUCGCCUAGUUUGUAAUGAUUGAAAAAUACAACUUGUGUUGUGUAGGCUGUGCAUGAAGAACGCACUAAUUGAUAAAUAGAAGUCGUCUACAGAAAUAUUAACAAAAGCAGAAAACAAGUCGAAGCCUGUAUUUAUCAGAUAUAUCAGAUAUAGGCCAGGGCCAGGAUAUAUUUGAAUUAUCAGCAUCCCGCCAUGGAGUCAGUGAGUUGGUACAAGAGACAAGAUUUCUGGGCGUGGUUUGCUGGCAUCGUUUUCAUAGCUGCUUUGAUAGGGGCGAUGUUCGGCUUUGGUGCUAUGCGUGGCUGGGACGCUCAGUCCGGUUACACACACAACACCAGUGCAACGUCCAGAGACAGGUUCUGGCCUGAGCCCUAUGUGCCGGAACCAGGGGUGAAAGGCAGAUACGGCGUUGGUGCCGAUUCCCGUUGGUAUUACUGGAAACUGCCGCCGGAUCAAGUCACUGCAUUCACCCGUCUCUUCAUGUGGUUAAGCUACGUGGGUCAUCAGUUACUCAUGUGGGCUGGGAUACUCUAUUCACAACUGGCCAAGGCAGCAGAAACACCCAAUGAGAAAUAUAGCACAAAGCUCGGGAAACACAACUACAUAUUACUAGGUCUGAAUGUGUUCUUCCACCUGCUUCACCUGCUACAAACUCAUAUCACCUAUGACGCAUUGGCACAGGAUGUCAGCAUUGCCAGCUCACAGUCCUCCGUGAUCAUGAUGUUGGUAUUGAUCGUGCUGUUAGAAUACAAAGAGCGAGGGAUGAUCUUCGGUUGGCCCAGCGUCCAUGACAACGGCUCAAAGAGCAGGAAAGUGCGCUUUAGCUACGGCCCUAUAAACUUAUUCCGCAAGUACCAUGGAUAUGCCUUUGCCUGGGCUGUAAUCUAUACGUUCUGGUAUCACCCCAUGGAAAACACGUGGGGACAUGCUUUGGGGUUCGCUCACACGUGGUUGGUUAUGCUGCAAGGUAGUCUUGUGUACACCAACAUGCAUCUGAACAGAUACUGGCGCCUCCUAUUAGAAAUAUGGGUCACGUGGCACGGGGGUGUGGUUGCGUACCAGACAGGAGGGCCAGACAUGUUGGGGACAAAGUUGUGGCCAAUGUUUGUCUUCGGAUUCGCCUUGGUAUUGGUACUUACUCAGAUAUUCUCUUUGCCAUUCUGGAGAAGGAUACCCUGGUGGACGAGAGUGUUUCCCCUCGUGGUUUAUCUGGCUAUAACAAUAUGGUGUUACAGCUGGAUCCCAGAUGCCCAGGGGAGAACCUGGGUGCGCAUGCAGGAAAUAAUACGUAUUCCCGCCGUUUACUACCUCUAUGCUUUAAUGGCGUUUGGGCUUUUAUACUUGAUUCUCUACAUUGACAGACGAUGUAACAACUCCCGCGGCUCGUAUGACAUUAAGAAGAAGCCCAGCAUUGCCGCGCAAGUGAUGUUCAUCAUGGGAAGCGUUUUCGUUUAUGCUGUCAUGGUGACAUUAAGCGCCCUCUUACAGAUACUAGACGUUCAAAUUGACCUGAUUGCCCUGAUGAUCCUGUUGGUGGGGGUUUUCAUUAUAGGUGUGUGCAUAUCAAUAUUGUUUUUGAAGCAGAUAAUGCUAAGACAGUCUGCCGUAGGGCCCACUGAAGAGAAGCACUCAGAUAGUGAGGAGUACGUGUCCACUUCCAAACUGAACGUGAAGCAGACGACCACUUACAGCACUUACGAUCAAACAAAAGAAAAGGAUCAAGAUGCGGUGACCACCAAAACCGAACGAUUCUGAAUUGACAUUGAAAGCACUGUGAUAUAGUUUUAACCUUAAAACACGCGUUAACUAUAUAUGAAGUUUGAUAUUAUUUUACUAGAAGGAUAUGUGAUCAAGUUUGGCUCCAAGCCAUGCGCAUGCACUAAACCUUUUAAAAACAUUUAACAGUCAUCGAUUUGUGUAUAUUACGUGUUAUCAGUGGAUAUAUAUUACAAUUUUUUAAAACAGUAUUGAAGUUUUUAAACGUUCUUAUAAUUCAUUUAUAAUGCACAUUCUAAGUAGAAAUUUGACAUUGAUAUUAUUUAUUUACAACAAUAUAAUGUAAUAAUACUCUGCAUGCACAAAAUAUGGCUUAGCAUCUAUUAUUCGAUGUUAUGCAAAGUAGUUAAAUUAGCAAAAUGUAAGAAUGUGAUAUAAGCAUUUUAUACUGUUAAAUUGCAGGUUUAAUGACCAAUAACUUGCAGAGAAGACACUAAGAUCGUACCCUCUACCAGGGCCACAGAUUGAUUUUUCACUACAAACUCUCAGAUAUACCCCUGGUUAAUUCAGGACUCAUUUCUGGUGUUGGAGAAAAGUGCACAUAAUUAAUCUGUGGCCCUGGUAAACAGUACUCAGAUCAUGAGAAAUCUAUGUUCUUUUAUCACACUGGCUUACAUGUGAAAAGAAUUACAAGGUUAGUUUAUUUUGUGUACGCGUCUUGCAGAAAUCAGUAGACGUAUAUUAAUUGUUGAUAUGCAGAUAACUCGGAACAUCAUAAGCUGCAAGCGGCUUAUUUUGUACGUUUUAUUUGGAAUUUACCAUGAAGUAGGAUUUUUAAGGUGGAUAUUAAACAAGUACUCAUGCCAUGUUAUUGCCACUGAAUCCGAUCAAAUGCCACCAUGUACCUUCAAGAAGAAGUUAAAGAGAUAACAACUCUUUAUACAUGUACGAGAUACAAAUUUCCACAAUCAACACAUUGUGAACAACACAAAGUAAUAAAAUAAAUUUCAUUUUACCACCAAAACGGCAGUUAUUGCAAUUAUUCUGAAAUUUUUCUUGUC